AUGGCGGGGAUUUUUGGCGCCACUUCUCUGAAUCCCGCGUUUCACGCGAAUUCCCCUCUAUUUUCUCCCAUUCAUCCCUCUGCCAAAUCGUUUAUACCCUCGUCAAUUGGCAACUACUCACGAAGCACACAUCAAAAGUUCUGUUCUUUUGCCCUAGAAAUGGCUCAAAGAGCGGAAAAUCGUACCCCUGAAAUCAAAGAACCAAACCCCAAAAUCCCAAAACUCCAACAAAACGGCGAUUCUGAAGCACACCAUGAAUUCACUUCCUUUUUACGCGUCAAAAAGCUCUCAGAAAAAGCUAUUUUGCCAUCGAGGGCCUCACCUCUUUCCGCAGGCUUUGAUUUGUCCAGGAUUUAUGAUUUAAUAGGUGUUGGUGCAACCAUGACUAAAGUGCCAGCCAGAGGCAAGGCUUUGAUUCCCACAGAUCUUAGCAUUGCCAUACCAGAAGGAACUUACGCACGUAUUGCGCCACGAUCGGGGUUGGCAUGGAAACAUUCCAUCGACGUAGGAGCGGGGGUGAUUGAUGCAGAUUACAGGGGUCCAGUUGGGAUCAUUUUGUUUAACCAUUCUGAUGUGGAUUUUGAAGUGAAGGCUGGUGACAGAAUUGCUCAACUUAUUAUUGAGAAAAUCUUAACUCCUCAGGUAACAGAGGUUGAUGAUCUUGAUUCAACCAUUAGAGGCUCGGGCGGUUUUGGAUCUACUGGUGUUUAA